AAACAUUGGGACCCGUGGUUACCCGAUUCUCUAUUUAAGGAUGGAACAUAAUGACUGCAACACAUUCGAGAGUUGGAUACAAAGCAAAGUUGUCUAUAGAACUGGACUUAUACGAAGGAUUUAAUAAUGGAACGGACCGGUUUGUUGAUCUGUAUUGGUUUGCUCGGAUAUUUCCACGGCAUAAGUGCUGCGGCAUUGGGAGCGGCAUGUACAGCGGACGCCGAUUGCACCGCUCCUGCGACUGCCGACACCAAAUGUCAGAAUUCCGUUUGCAGACUGCUGGCAACGAAAAGUUGCACUGGCAACACGGACAAGUGCGUUGCCAACGCAGAGUGCGGAACAGGAAGCCUUUGUGUGUGCAAGACGGGGUAUGCAGCAAGCGCUGCUAAUCUCUGCCUAGCAAGUCUAGGGACAACAUGCGCUGCUGUAGCAGACUGCGAUACCACCACAGUAACCGGAACAAUCUGUGACACGCAAGUGUCUGCGCCUGUUUGUGCGAUUGGUGCGGGUUCAUCAUGCACCGGACAGACAACAAAAUGUGUAAGCGGUGCGACAUGUUCAACAGUCGGAACACUGUGCUCGUGCAACACCGGAUAUAAAAGACUAUUUGAAAACACGUGUUAUUUAUGUUCUGGAACUGCCGGUGUUGUUGCCUCAGUCGCGCUGAUAUUUGCGCUUCUUGGAACAGCAGUUUUCUAAAUGAUGCCUCCAGAUGGAAAUAGAAGAGACUUUCAGUUGUUGGUUUUGUUGUGUGUCUUUUUUUUUUACUUCUUCGUGAUCUUUAGUACCAGACAACAAUUGAUAUCGUGUGAUGCACGCCAAUUAACAACAUUAACAUACAUAUUGAAUUUUAACAAACAUGUGAUAUUGUAUGCUGUUUUUAACAAUCGCUGUAUAAUGCAUUGCAUUGAAUGAACACGAUGUAAUUGUUAUUUGUGAUUGAAUAAAACUAUUAAGCCUA